GGUGAGCAAGCAGGUCAUAUGGUUCGGAAUUUUUAUAAAUGAUAGGUUUUUUCAUCUCUUGGUCUCUUAUCUUGCACAGCCAAGACGACCCAUUUUCUUUCUUCUUCCAAUUCUCAGUGAAUAUGGAGGUGUUGGAAGCUGACUUCAUGCAAAUGGUAUUGAAGGAAGAAAUUGAAGCCCAGAACAAUUGUUUGGAUGAUGAGAAAGAGUUUGGGCCUAUAUCAAGGUCAAGAGAUGAUCAUCAUUUAAUACAAGUAAACUUCACAAAGGAUAUUCAUGAUACUGAGAAGCUAAUUCAGAAGAAAAAUGAAGCUUAUUCUCAAAUUGCAGAAAAAUUACUAGAAAGGAAGGAGGAUUGGAACCUUGUAAUUUUAAAAUUACAACAUCUACACAGGAACUAUUCCAAAUAUCCUAUAUCAUGGUGGAGGAAUGAAAUGGAGACUUUGCAGGAAUGUUUGAAGGAAUUUCGGCCUUCAAAGAACCCUAACCCUAGCCGAGGGAGAGACUCUCAGAGAGUUAUAAUUGGUAAAAGCCCACCACCUGGAUACCGUGUUAUUUCAAAGUUCAAGCACCAACCACUACAAUAUUCAAAUAGUUUUUGGAUAAGGAAGAACGAAGUCGAGAAUUUGCAAAAUUGUCUCUUAGAGCUUCAUCAUUCGAAGAAACCCAUCUACGUAAGGAGAGCUAUUGGAACAUACUCUCAAGAGGAACAACUCAAUUGCUUUGUAAAGAGUUUGAACUAUAAGAUGCAACACGGCAGUAAGAGUCUUGCAGAGGAGAAGAAGCUUCUUAGAGAGAUAAAACAGAAUGAAGCAAAAAUGGAUAAUAUUAAACUUAAUAAUAAUAGUACUAAUAAUAAUGUUAAUCAUGCUUCAGGAGCUGCACAGAUUCGAUACUAUUUGGGCUCCAUAAAAGAUAUUCAGGGUUAUAUUCGGUUUAUACGCAAUGAAUUGGAAAGACUGCAGAAGGAAGAUCGAAAACACACCGUAAACAUUCAACGUCAAAAGCGAGAAUUAAAGGCUAUAGAAAGUAAUAUCAGUUCUCUGCAGAAUAAACUGGAAGAUAUAAAUAGAGAGAAAUAUGAAGCAUAUGAAUGCAUUCUUCAACUCAAAAAGAAGGGUGGUGAUAUGUUAUUGUAAUUAAUAUGAAGCAUGUGUAAGCAAUUGUAACUUUUAUCUUCAAUAAGCAACUCGAAAUCAUCUUGUUCAUCAUUUGUCAAAAGGCAAACAUGACAAAGGCACUUGAAACUUGAAAGACCGAAAAGCUGGAGAUUGAACAA